GUAUUGCCUGGCUGUGCUGUGAUGCCCGACGCCAGGUACGGAUGCAGGCACUCACUUACUUGCAGCGAGCCCUCCUGGUACAUGACCUGCAGGCCCUGGAUGCCCUGGAAUGGGAGUCCUGCUUCAACAAGGUGCUGUUCCCUCUGCUAACCAAGCUACUUGAGAACAUCAGCCCAGCCGAUGUUGGUGGGAUGGAAGAAACUCGGAUGAGAGCCUCAACGCUGCUCUCCAAGGUGUUCCUACAACAUCUCUCCCCGCUGCUCUCAUUGACCACCUUUGCUGCCCUGUGGCUGACAAUCCUGGACUUUAUGGACAAAUACAUGCAUGCUGGCUCCAGUGACUUACUGCUGGAGGCUAUCCCAGAGUCUUUGAAGAAUAUGCUGCUUGUAAUGGAUACGGCUGGGAUAUUCCACAGUGCUGACUCACGGACAGGAUACUCAGAUCUCUGGGAGAUCACCUGGGAAAGGAUUGACUGUUUCUUACCUAGGCUGCGGGAUGAGCUUUUCAAACAGACAGUCAUCCAAGAUCCUGUUCCCAGUAUACCAAUGGAGCAGCAGCAUCAGAAGUCACUAGUGUCUGCCCUGCCCCCUUCUCCUACAGGGGAUGUGAGACCAGCCACCCACUUAACUCCUUUGGAGAAGCCCAGUGAACUGGGUACCAGUGAGUCUGAAAGAGCCACUGCACCUGCUUCACCCACCAUCAGCAGCUCUGCCUCUCCUUCUUUCCCAGCAUCAGCUCCAGCAAAGACAAGCCCCGUUACAGACAUACCUCCUACGACAGCACAGCCGCCACUGAUCCUGCAGCCUCUUGCCUCUCCCCUGCAGGUUGGGGUGCCACCUAUGACUCUUCCAAUCAUUCUCAACCCAGCCCUAAUUGAAGCCACCUCUCCUGUUCCCCUCUUAGCUACUCCACGGCCUGCUGAUCCAAUGACAACCUCUGAAGUCAACUAG